AAAAUGAUAAUAUUUUCUUUCCAAGUCCGGUCUAAAAUUUACUUAUAUGUAUUUAACAAAUUACUUGAACAUAAAAAAUCAAAAAUUAUUUUAAAACACCCAAGAAUGUUGUUUAAAAAUAAAUUUUGCUUCCCUCUAAUUUUAUUUUUUUCCAUUUAUUUAUUUUCUUGUUUAAAUUGGAAUUUUGUUGAAUCAAAAAAUUUGGAAAGCCGAAAACUUGAAAUUUUAAAAUUUAAAGAAAUUUUAAACAAAGGAGGAAGCAAAUUUAAUUUUAAUAAAACUGAGAAGCUAAAUUCGAGAAAAUUAAAUGGGGAAGACGAAUUUUUUGUUGAUUUUGCUUUGAUUGAUUAUAACUAUGUUUUUAAAUAUGUCGAAGACUACGAAAUAUUUAAUUCAGAAUAUUUAUGUUAUGAAGAAGAAAAAUAUUUUAAAAAAUAUUGCGAUUUGGAUAAGAUGAGCAAACCGAUUAAUGCCACAUUUGAUGAAUACGACUUGUUUAAAAUUGUUAUUUUUGUUGAUGAAAUCGUCGACAAUAACGGAGCAACAAUUAUAAAUAUUGGAAAGAACACUGAGUUUUUACUUCUUAAUGGAGGCGAGGCCAUGAGUGGAAGUUCUAAAAAUGUUGAAAAAAUUGCAAAAGUUUUAAAUGCUCAAAUUGACGAAGAGACCAAUAAGUAUUAUUUAAAUGGAAAUUGUAAAGAUAUUAGAUCAGAAGGAACACCAACAAUUGGUGUAAAAUUUAAAGAUUCCAAUACAACGAUUAAUGUUUCUGGAAGAGAUAUGGCAGACUUUAGUGUAAGCAUUUGUAGUAAUGGGUUGUAG